GGAGUUGUACGGUGGAACCAUUCUUGGCUUGAAUUCUCAUUCUCAGAGACGUGUCUGGGAAUUGAAGUUCCCUCCUGUCUCCGUAGGGACGCCUCUUCACUGCUGGAUCCGAUGGAAUGCGCAGACACAGCCGAGGAGCAGAGAGUGCACAGCCCUCCUGCGUCAUUAGUGCCAAGAAUUCAUGUGGUGUUAGCCCAGAAGUUGCAGCACAUCAAUCCUUUACUGCCUGCUUGCCUUAACAAGGAGGAGAGCAAAACCUUCGUUUCAGGUUUCAUGUCUGAAUUGUCUCCUGUCCGAGCAGAGCUGCUUGGGUUCCUCACACAUGCCCUUCUGGGAGACAGCUUGGCCGCUGAGUACCUGAUACUGCAUCUCAUCUCUACAGUGUAUACAAGAAGAGAUGUUCUUCCACUGGGAAAAUUCACAGUUAACUUGAGUGGUUGCCCACGGAAUAGUACCUUCACAGAACACUUAUACCGGAUUAUUCAACAUCUUGUUCCAGCAUCUUUUCGUCUGCAGAUGACUAUAGAGAACAUGAAUCAUUUGAAAUUCAUCCCCCACAAAGACUAUACAGCCAAUCGCCUGGUCAGCGGGCUCCUCCAGCUCCCGAGCAACACUUCCCUUGUGAUUGAUGAAACUCUCCUAGAGCAAGGGCAGCUAGACACACCAGGUGUUCAUAAUGUGACUGCCCUGAGCAACCUAAUAACUUGGCAGAAGGUGGAUUAUGACUUCAGUUAUCACCAGAUGGAAUUCCCCUGCAAUAUUAAUGUUUUUAUUACUUCGGAGGGGAGAUCACUCCUGCCGGCAGACUGCCAGAUCCACUUACAGCCCCAGCUCACCCCCCCAAACAUGGAGGAGUACAUGGACAGCCUUCUGUCCGCCGUGCUGCCCUCCGUGCUGAACAAGUUCCGCAUCUACCUGACCCUUCUGAGGUUCCUGGAUUACAGCAUCUCCGAUGAGAUAACCAAGGCAGUUGAGGAGGACUUCGUGGAAAUGCGCAAGAACGACCCUCAGAGCAUCACUGCUGACGAUCUCCACCAGUUGCUCAUUGUUGCUCGGUUCCUGUCUCUCAGUGCUGGCCAGACAACGCUGUCAAGAGAGCGGUGGCUCAGAGCAAAGCAGCUGGAGUCUUUAAGAAGAACCAGGCUUCAACAGCAGAAAUGUGUGAAUGGAAAUGAACUUUAAAGAUCUGACACCUAGGAGAGUAGUGGGCAGAUUGUAGCCACAUUAUUGUAAAAUUCAAAUACCAUUUAUACCACAUUGUUUUGUAGAUAAUUUGUAUCAAAAACCAAUGACUUUUCCUGAAGUCAAGCCUGGUAACAUCUGAAGUUUAUAUAAUAUUCAGUAAGGGCUUUUACCUUACUGAUUUUAUGGAGCUUUUGAUUGUUUUAUAAUUAUAUAAAUUAGUAACAUGUACAAAAAUGUAUUUGAUAUUAAAAGUUUAAUAUUGAUAAUGUUGCUGAUACCAUUUCCUUAGUUUCAGCCAAGUCAUAGGUCACAGACUCUGUUGAAAUGCUAAUGUCAACUUCAUUUGAAGAAAUUUGUUGGAAUUCCAAAGUCAGAGGAGUUGUUCAGAUUUUUACAAUGUCUUUCCAAUUAAUGGUGGGUCUGAAUGUGUUUAGUGGUCCAAGUUUGGGGAAUGGGGUGUAGCUGCCAUUAAUUCACAUGACUGUGUGAAAUACUGUAGUAUCAUUUCCCAGACAUUUGACCACAGAAGUUUUUUUCCACUUAACAGUUGUUAAUAACCUGCAAAAUUAGUCUUUACAUGGCAGUGGUUCCCAGACUUUUGGAUUUCAUGGACCAGUAACAUUUCCAAAAAUUUGGGGGACAGGGUUGCCAAUGUAUUUUGCCAAGUAAUCUGAAAGAAACCACUGUAUUAUCAGCAUUUUUUUUUUCCCAUAAAAGGACACUCUCCAAAUAAGAGAGUCCUUUAAAUGGAAUAAAUACAGCUUUUUUGGAAAAAACACUACAUUGUUCUUUUUUUCUCAUUUCACCCCUGUGCAUUUGGGAACCACUGUUUUAUGGGACUUAAGGGAAUGCUGUCCUAGGAUAGGUUGUUUUGCCCAAAUAGGAAGAAAGCAAACAGUUAACUUUUUAAAAUAUGCCUUCUGUAGAAAAUAAAGUUUUAAAUUGUUUUCCUAAUAA